AUGAGCGCAACAAUCGGCGAGCAAAAGCCGGUGCACACCAUCGUUCUAGAUACUGGUGCCAUCAUCCGUAACCAUCCUACUGUAUCGACUCUUCUUGCCCAAUCCGAGCAAAUCGUCACCGUUCCUGCCAUCAUCACGGAAAUCAGAGAUGCUGCCACCCGUACCCGCGUAGAGACGCAGCUCAUGCCGUUCUUGACCAUCCGUUCGCCGAAUCCCGCCAGUAUCAAGUUUGUCACCGACUUUGCGCGCAAGACUGGUGAUCUGGAUGUUCUUUCCAAGCCCGAUAUUCAGAUCGUUGCACUGGCUUACGAGUUGGAGUGCGAGCGCAAUGGUGGCGACUGGAGACUUAGAAGGAACCCUGGUCAGAAGGGCAUGAACGGCAAACCUCCGGUCAAGGAAGAGGUCAAGCCCGAAGAGACAGAGGAGCCCAAGAACGAGGAUACUGGAGAGACCAAGCAGGAGCAGACAUCCACCGAGGAGACCGCAAAGGAGCCCACCGAGGCUUCCGUUCAGCAAAUCUCAGAAGACCUUGCCCAAGCGAAGAUCGAAGAAGUACAACAGGUCGCCUUGGAACAACCAGCAGCUCAGGAUGCUCAGCCCACCCCUACGACCGUAGAAGUUGCUGCAGACUCGGGCGAGGACUCGGAUGGUGGCUGGAUUACUCCCUCCAACCUGAAGAAGCAUCAAGAGAAAGACUCAUCGGGCAGCACCGAGAGCACUCAGACACAACAAUCCGUCCUCCAAGUCGCGACACUUACAACCGAUUUUGCCAUGCAAAACGUGCUCCUUCAAAUAAACCUCAACCUGCUAUCACCGACCAUGCAACGUGUAAAGCACCUCAAGACCUACAUCCUCCGCUGCCACGCCUGUUUCUGCACAACAAAGGAGAUGAGCAAGCAAUUCUGCCCCAGAUGUGGAAGUCCUACCCUCACCCGCGUGGCUUGCAGCACAACCUCCAACGGAGAGUUCAAGUUGCACCUCAAGAAGAACAUGCAAUGGAACACCCGCGGCGACCGCUUCAGUAUUCCCAAGCCUGUACACGGCAGCGCAAAUGGUAGAGUCCAGGGUGGUGGUAAAGGCCACUGGGGCAACGAGUUGAUUCUCGCCGAAGAUCAAAAGGAGUACACCAGACAUUUCGAGACGGAGAAGAGGAGAAAGGAGAGAGAUCUUAUGGAUGAGGAUUAUCUCCCUAGCAUCUUGACGGGAGACCGCCACAGAACUGGUGGCAGGAUGAAGGUUGGUGGUGGACGCAACGUCAACUCGAAGAAGCGAUAG